AUGGCUCGCUUGACUCCACGCUUCCAGUUCAAAUACGGUGGUGUGAAUGGAAACAAAGUUGGAGUGAGACUGACCGUGUACGGACACACUGUUGUGAUCCAACCCCAAUCAGAAAAUGCGCACCUGUCUAGAGUUUCGGCUUGCAAGAAAGCUUUGUUUAAGCUGCGCAAGUUUCAUCCCCUGUGGCUGACUCCUCCCCUUCCGGGUGACCGUCCCACUGGACCAGAGUGGAACUGGGCCAGACUUCUAGAAGGCUUUUGUACCCCUCUCAACUUUCCUAUGCCUUUGUACAAUCCUACGCUUUGUGCUGGCCAAUGGCACUGUGAUCUUUCUUUGCAAGGUCGUCUGUUCAGAACCGCCUCUGCUUCGGACAGCCUAGACGAGGCUCAAAAUACCGUUUCCCAUAUUGCAAUUUACUCUCUGCUUGUGGAUGACAGAGUCCCAUCAAACAUAAUUGAGCCGGCGAGUGACUUGCCGGUUCAAAUCAAGAUGGAAAAGGAGAAGGGACAGGGAAAUGUCCCUGUGCCCCCGAAUGUGUCCGAAGUUACUGACAACCCGAGCCUUUCUCCUACUCUGCCACCCAGAAUGGUUGAGUUUUUGAAAGGAGCCGGUCUUCUCAGAGGUGGUUUUGGAGGUGCCCAACGAGGCAACAAACGGAAUAAGGCUGGUCGUGGUGGUGCGAAAAACAUCGCUCAUCAACCUCCCAAGCCUGCGACACCUAAGAAUCCUCCAAAGCACUCGAAGCCUCAGACUCAGAACCCUGCCAACUCUGGCGCCCCUCCUUUGAGUAAGAGAGCUGCGAAGGCUGCGAGAAAGGCUGCUGCCGAAAAGGCGGCGCAAGAAGGUUUGGAUGAUGUAAACCAUCUCCCGCUGACCAGCAGCCGUGUGGCUCCUCUUGUGGAGAAGCCCAAGGUUGCUGUUGACCCUUUGGCUACGCUGAAAAAGAUUCAGCAGCAGUUGGGUCAGAACAAAAGUGCCUCAUACCGGGGAAUUCUCACACGUAUCUGUUCUAUUUUGGGCAUCAGUGAUGCUGAGAUUCGUCGAGAGGAUAAUCCCAAUUCUGGUGACCCGCUGGUGUGGGUAAUUGUUGCGUAUUUCGAUACGCAGAACCCAUUCCUGAGCCGGGCCAGCCCAGUUACUUUAUGCAAGCUUCCAAAGAUGGAUGAGGGCGAUGCAAUCUCUCUCGGUGCGAAGAAGGCCACGAUCUUCCUUCUUGAUAUGAUCAAGGAGGAUGCUGGCCUCGACCCUGGGAUUCCGGAUUAUCCCAAGGGUCUUGGUGGUGUGAGAGAACUGCGACGGGAGUUUGACUUGCGGUACCGGGAUGAUCUCUACAAGUUUGGCGGUGUGUCUGCUUAG